GGUUGUGUGGCUUUGAAACUUACAUAGUUACGGCUCUAAAGACUUGCAUUUCAGAUGGAACGAAGUCUCGAUAGUUCGUGUUUGGAUGCUGACGCGACUGGUGACCGUUUCAGUACACAAUUCAACAGCACUGCUUUUGUGUCGAUAGAAGAGAACUCAUGCAGUCCAAACUUAUGCAAGAAACCUGAUUUGAAGCUGUCUCCAAUCUUCCAUGAUAAUGAGAGGAGAACCUUGUACAGCAAGCGAAUGGUGCAGUACAAGUUUCGUGGCGAAAGUCCAUUAGUCAAGAAUGGUCGCUUGGAACCAGCACACCCACUCAGUGAUAUCUCAGAGAUUCGCGCUGCGGAAACCGAUGAUUCAUCCUCUCAUUUGACGAGCAGUAUUGAUGAUGAUAAUGUUUCAAACAAGGAAAACGAUCGUCCAGGAACGUCCACACCGGACAAAAACGUCAGCAUACCAUCCCACUCAAGAUCGCUGAACUCGUUUGAGAACCACAUCCUUGAGACUCUUCACACCAAUACCUUCAGUCCAAGUGUAUUUGCCGUGCCUGAAUCUCCAGCUUCACCUGAGGAGUUCAAGUGGUCUAUCGAAGAGCUGUCGAUACUAAAACCGGUGCAUAUAACACAGGAAGAGAUAGCUCAAAGCUCCUACUCACCAGAUCCUGAAACUGAAGCCAAGAUUCAAGCAAUACUAGACGAAUAUUGGCGUAAUAAUACUUGUCAUAUACCUUCACCUGAUGCUCCCGUUAGGAACCCACUGUUGGGAGGUCCGGAAACUCCUUUAUGUGAUGCUGUGCGUGUGCAAGCCGCUUUGCGCAUGAAGUAUUCUACUUCUUCUCCGAAGGCUCGCCCAAGUGUGACGUCUGGCUCUCGUCGAACCAGCUUUAUCCAGCCUCAUCGCAGCAGGUCUUCACAGACUGAAAUUACGAUCAAUCCCUCGGCUGAUAUCGACUUUGCCAAGCUAUUAGGUACUUCUUGUGUGUAUAAUUCUGCUGAUGAUUGCGACGACGAGUCCGUAUUCGACGCCACAGCAUCAAGUGUAGGCUCACUGCGAAGACGUUUGUUUAUUGGUGAAGAUGAACAAGACACUUCCCAAGUUUGUGAUAAUGAUGGAGAUAUGAGCGCAACUAAUGACGAACCUCCUUUGGACAGCGCUGGAGAUAUAGUACGAUAUGAUCUCGAUGGUAGUGAAACUGCCUUUGGUGGUCUGGAAGACAUAAUGCUUUCACCCAUCAAAGCGUCGCCUUAA